AAGAGGCAAAGUCAUGAGUCCGGCCACCGCUAAUUGGACCUAACAAUCGGUGAAAUAAGGCUCGUUUACGAUGAUGGCGAAUUGAAGAACAAAGAACGAAAGAAAGAAGAAAGAAGAUCAUCAAAACUCUCAAUUCUCAUGGUGAAUGCCAAUUCCCGAAGCUCAUCUAGUUUCGUGAUCUUCCCUUCCACUUGUUAAUGGCGCCACGAUCCUAGCUCUAUGAUUCCAUCGCCCCGAUAUUCUCUUCAUCAGCAUCAAUUUCUCCCAUCUUUCUCAAGUCUUGGAAACCCCAAGACUUGAAACACCCAACAUUCAGCUCCACGGCCUUGUUCGUGUUCCCAGAUUUUACUCGACUGUUCUGCUUCACCCUGCUGUAAUGGAGCUCCACAUGAGGUCGUUUAAGUUUUUGUCACUUCAGAACUUGAGCUCUUGAAAUCGAGGAAAUUUAGGUUGUCUUGGACGAAGUUGGAAGAAUGCCCAUGAAUGACAUCCCCUGUUUAGUUAACUGGGUCAACUUGUCGGAUGGAAAAUAUGGAUAGAUGAAGUUGUCCUUAUUGAAAGGAUUUUAGCAUAAAAGAUAGAUAGUAACCUUGAGAAGGGAACAAAUGGAGGAAUUUACUAAAUAUGCCCAUAGUCCUGCUCAUUUAGCAGUUGCACGUCGAGACUAUGUUGCUCUUAGAUUCAUUAUCUCCACGCUACCACGGCUGGCCAAGGCGGGUGAGGUCAACACCGAAGCGGAAUCUAUUGCAGCAGAGCUGCAAGCUGAUGCUGUAUCUGCUGUUAUUGACCGGCGUGAUGUCCCAGGACGUGAGACCCCUCUCCAUCUUGCUGUACGUCUUUGUGACCGAAUUUCUGCUGAGAUUUUGAUGGCAGCUGGAGCGGAUUGGAGUCUUCAGAAUGAGCAUGGUUGGAGUGCUCUUCAAGAGGCAGUUUGCAAUAGAGAGGAUUCAAUAGCUAUGAUUAUUGCGCGGCACUAUCAGCCUCUGGCUUGGGCAAAAUGGUGUCGUAGGCUUCCUCGCAUUGUUGCCACGGCAGCUCGCAUACGUGAUUUUUAUAUGGAAAUGACUUUUCAUUUCGAGAGCUCUGUAAUUCCAUUUAUUGGGCGUAUUGCUCCAUCAGAUACAUACCGGAUUUGGAAACGUGGUUCCAAUCUCCGUGCAGAUAUGACCCUUGCUGGUUUUGAUGGUUUUCGAAUUCAACGUUCCGACCAGACGUUUCUAUUUCUUGGAGAGGGCUACUCAUCGGAUGAUAAAGUCGUUACUUUACCACCUGGUUCUUUGAUUGUUCUUACGCACAAAGAGAAGGAAAUUACAAAUGCUCUGGAAGGUGCUGGUGGACAACCAACUGAUGCUGAAGUUGCUCAUGAAGUUGAUUUAAUGUCAAGGACAAAUAUGUAUAGACCAGGCAUUGAUGUAACCCAGGCUGAGUUGGUUCCUCAUUUAAAUUGGCGACGGCAAGAAAGGACUGAGGUGGUUGGAAAUUGGAAAGCAAAAAUAUAUGACAUGCUUCAUGUAAUGGUGAGUGUGAAAUCAAGGCGGGUUCCUGGUGCUAUGACUGAUGAAGAGCUAUUUGCUGCAGAUGACGAAGAUAGAUUAGUGCAUACUGGUGAAAAUGACGAAUAUGAUGAUGUACUAACAGUUGAGGAGAGAAAGCAAUUGGAUUCAGCACUUGGUAUGGGGAACUCGGAUGGCCAUCUUGAGUACGAAGAACAAGGUGCUAUUGAUAAUCAGGAAACUGUGUCAAUAAGUUCCUGUGAUAAUUUUGAAUCCAAUGGUAUUGUUAAGGAGAAGAAGAGUUGGUUUGGUUGGAACAAGAAAAGUGCAAGGGGUAGUAAUGAAGAGCUGGACGAUUCAAAGAACCUAAAGAAAUUUUCAAAGUUGGCCCCAGAAGGUAGCAAUCCCAAUCAUAAAGUAGUUGAGCCUCCAAAUUCUUCUGAUAUUUCUUUUCAAGAUAUGGGGGACAAUACCAGGAAGGGAAAAGAUAAGAGUGGUAAGAAAAAAAAGAAGAAAGGAGCCAGUAGCGAGUCUAAAAAUGAGAGUGAAUACAAGAAAAGUUUGAGACCAGUCUUGUGGUUGACACAAGAUUUCCCUUUGAAAACUGAUGAACUCUUGCCUUUGCUUGACAUUCUUGCUAACAAGGUGAAGGCUAUUAGAAGAUUAAGGGAACUUCUGACUACCAAGUUGCCUCUUGGCACCUUUCCUGUGAAGGUUGCCAUACCUAUCGUCCCAACAAUUAGGGUCCUUGUUACUUUCACAAAGUUUGAAGAGCUUCAGCCCGUGGAGGAGUUUGCAACUCCUCCUUCCAGUCCAGACCAUUUCCAGGAUUUCAAAGUUAAGGAAUCAGAAGGCUCUUCAUCAUGGGCUUCGUGGAUGAGAGGAAGUCGUGGUGGGCAGUCGAGCGACAGCGACAGUCUACACAAGGAUGAAUUUGAUCCGUUCCACAUACCACCAGACUAUACAUGGGUUGAUGCCAAUGAGAAAAAACGACGAAUGAAGGCAAAGAAAGUCAAGAGCAAGAAGCAUCGGAAGCACACAGCUGCCAAAGGUGGAAAUAUGGGACCUCAGAAUAUAUGAUUGGAAAGGGAUGUGUUCAUGAUAAUGAGGAUCAGGUAGAGGUGCUUUACCCUUUAAGACACAGUUUGGGGGUUAUUCUUCAAAUAUUAUUCAUAGUUGGGAUUGUUUUUUAGAUCUGUAUCCCGAUUUGUAAUUUUCGUUGGAAGCUCAAAACUUUUCAAUUUCUUAAUGAAAAGUUAAUUGCAGUUUAAAACUUAAUUUAUGUGUUCGA